GCCUCUUUUUCUAUGCCUAUGCCUACUUUGAUCAAAUAAUUAAGGCAUAAAGCACCAAUAAAUUACUUUAAGGAAUAAAUUUAUCCACCAAAUGUGUGUGUUUUUUUAAUAAUCUUCAAUCAAAUCCAAUUCUGCUCCUUAUAUUUGAUCCUCCUCUCUACUUUAAGGAAUAAGCUCAGUCCAUGGCGGAGUUGGAGUACGUAGCUUCGACGCCGUUACUGGGAAAAUGGAGCAGCAGCGGCAGCAGUAGCAGCAGUAGCGACGACGCCGGAAGUGGCACGGACUCGAACCGAGCCCCGGAAGCAUUGGAGACGAAGAAAUCCGGCGGCGGAGGCGGAGGUAGACACAAGUCGCUGGCCGUGCUCACCGGCCACUCCGGAUCCGUACACUGCCUGGCCGUCUGCGGAGAGUACGUUCUCAGCGCCUCCGACGGGCGUGACAUCGUGGCGUGGCGGCAGCCCGACCUCCGCCGCUUCGCCCGGUUCGGCCAUGGAGGCGGAGGCAGCGUCAAGGCACUGGCGGCAGUCGGAGGCCGCGUUUUCUCCGCCCACCAGGACGGCCGCAUCCGUGUGUGGCAGGUCUGCGGCUCCGAGAACGCCUUCCGGCUCGCCGCCACACUUCCCACGGCCAGGGACAGAAUCGGGAAGAUCCUGAUGCAGGGGAGCUACGUGCAGACCCGGCGACACCACCGCAAGCUCUGGAUCGAGCACGCCGACAGCAUCUCCUGCCUCGCCGUCGACGGCGGCGCCGUCUACUCCGGCUCCUGGGACAAGACUCUAAAGGUCUGGCGACUCUCUGACCUCAAGUGCAUCGAGUCCAUCAAGGCGCACGACGACGCCGUGAACGCGCUGGCGGCAGCCGGGGGCGCCGUCUUCUCGGCCUCCGCCGACGGCAAGAUCAAGAUCUGGGCGCGCUCGCCUCGCGCUCUCAAUCACUCCUUGAAGGCCGUCCUGGAGGCGGCGGGGGCGCGUAAGGGUGCCGCCGUUUCGUGGAACGCAGUUGUGGCGGCGGCGGGCGGUCGGGUAGCCUACGGCGGGUGCUCCGACGGGAGGGUGGUGGGAUGGGAGGAGGAUGAGGAAGGCACGUGGAGGGUGGCCUGCGAGGUGAGGGCGCACGAGAUGAGCGUCCUGUGUUUGAGCAUUUGCUGCAAAGGCGAGGUGCUGUGUAGUGGGUCGGCCGACAAGAGCAUUGGGUUGUGGAGGACGAGGGCGGCAGCGGUCGGCACCGGCGCCGGCGGAAUUUAUAGAAUUGGGGUGGUAAGAGGGCAUGAAGGUCCGGUGAAGUGCGUGCUGGCUUCGGGGUUCAGAGUUGGGGAAGGCUUCAUGCUCUACAGUGGCGGGUUCGAUAAGAACUUGAGGGUGUGGUGGGUGGAUGGAGCAAAAGAAGCCCAAGGAGAAGGAGAUCUGUAGAAUGGAAAGACUGUUUUUGUUUGUGAGAUUCAAUUGAUUAAUUGAGUGAAUUUGAUUGUUUGUUUUUUAUAUCAACUACAGCGUAAGGUCAGGCUGAGACCGAUGACGAUGGCAAAGGCAUGUAUGAACACUACACCAUUUGUACAAGCUCUUCUUUAUAUGACUAUGAAACAAUUUCUUACA